AUGUCCUCACAACCACCACCCCCUCCUCCGGGAUGGGGCCCUCCGCCGCCGCCGCCUCCUCCUCCUUCCUCAUCGCUGCCUCCUCCUCCAUCCGCCCCCGCGCCGCCACCUCCUGGAUACCGUCCUCCGACCGACCCUCAAAUCGCAAAGUUUGCCCAGAAGAAAAAGGAAUGGCUUCGGGAUCAAGGCGCCCGCUUUGGCGAGAAGCGGAAGAGCGGGUUUGUCGAGACACAGAAAGCUGACAUGCCACCGGAGCAUCUACGCAAGAUCGUCAAAGACAUCGGUGAUGUGUCGCAGAAGAAGUACACCAGCGACAAGCGAAGCUAUCUAGGAGCUCUCAAGUUCAUGCCGCACGCCGUCCUGAAGCUGCUGGAGAACAUGCCCAUGCCCUGGGAGUCAGCGCGCGAGGUCAAGGUUUUGUAUCACGUCAACGGAUGCCUGACCCUCGUCAACGAGAUCCCUCGCGUCAUCGAGCCUGUCUUCUUCGCGCAGUGGGCCAUGAUGUGGACGUUCAUGCGAAAGGAGAAGGCCGACCGAAGGCUGUUCAAGCGUAUGCGCUUCCCACCAUUUGAUGACGAAGAGCCCCCGCUGUCGUGGUCUGAGAACCUCGAAGACGUUGAGCCUGCGGAGCCGAUCCAGAUGGAGCUUAAUGAGGACGAAGACGCAGCAGUUUACGAAUGGUUCUACGAUCACAGGCCGCUCCUUGAUACACCACAUGUCAAUGGCGACAGCUACAAGUCCUGGAACCUCACACUUCCUCAGAUGGCCACGCUCUUCCGACUGAGUCGACCCCUCAUUUCAGACGUUGUCGACAAGAACUACUUCUACCUCUUCGACCGCAAGAGUUUCCUGACCGGAAAGGCGCUCAACGUCGCACUACCAGGCGGACCGCGCUUCGAGCCCCUUUACAAGGACAUCGAUCCCAAUGAUGAGGACUUUGGAGAGUUCAACGCCAUCGACCGAAUCAUCUUCCGUAAUCCUGUCAGAACAGAGUUCCGCGUGGCGUAUCCCUAUCUCUACAACUCUCUUCCCCGUAGUGUUCAUCUCGCUUGGCAUUCAUACCCUCAGAUCGUCUUCAAGCGUUCCGACAACCCGGACCUGCCGGCUUUCCACUUCGAUCACAGGAUCAAUCCGAUCUCGUCCCGCGCCGUAGCACCGAAAAACCUUACCAUCAGCCACGAGGACGAGCUCUUUGGCGUCGGCAACAACGAGGAGGACGAGGAUGUGUUUGAGCUGCCAGCCGACGUCGAGCCAUUCUUGAAUGAAGAGGAACUCUUCAAUGACGACACGGCUGCUGCCAUUGAGCUGUGGUGGGCGCCGUUCCCCUUCGAUCGGCGCUCCGGGCGCAUGGUUCGCGCCCAGGAUGUGCCUCUUAUCAAGCAAUGGUACCUCGAACACGCGCCAACGGACAAGCCUCCCGUCAAGGUUCGCGUGUCGUACCAAAAGCUCUUGAAGAACUUCGUUCUCAACGAGGUCCACAAGAAGAAGCCAAAGUCACAGCAGCAACAGAACCUGAUGCGGAGUCUCAGGCAGACCAAGUUCUUCCAGCAGACCACCAUCGACUGGGUCGAAGCCGGCUUGCAGGUCUGCCGACAAGGUUUCAACAUGCUUAAUCUCUUGAUCCACCGCAAGAACCUUACCUACCUUCAUCUCGACUACAACUUCAACCUGAAGCCUGUCAAGACCCUCACAACCAAGGAGCGAAAGAAGUCGCGUUUCGGCAACGCUUUCCACCUGAUGCGUGAGAUCCUGCGUUUGACCAAGCUGAUUGUCGAUGCCCAGGUUCAAUACCGCCUCGGCAACAUCGACCCCUUCCAGCUGGCAGACGGCAUCCUCUAUGCUUUCAACCAUGUGGGUCAGCUAACGGGCAUGUACCGUUACAAGUACAAGUUGAUGCACCAGAUUCGUUCCUGCAAGGAUCUGAAGCAUCUGAUUUACUAUCGCUUCAACUCUGCUCCUGUCGGCAAGGGCCCCGGUUGCGGUUUCUGGGCUCCCGCCUGGCGAGUUUGGCUCUUCUUCAUGAGGGGUAUCAUUCCACUCUUGGAGCGAUGGCUUGGCAACCUUCUGUCUCGUCAGUUCGAGGGCCGCCACAGCAAGGGUGUCGCCAAAACAGUGACGAAGCAGCGUGUCGAGUCUCACUUUGACCUGGAACUUCGCGCUUCGGUCAUGGCGGACUUAAUGGACAUGAUGCCAGAAGGCAUCAAGCAGAACAAGGUCAACACUGUGCUCCAGCAUCUUUCCGAAGCGUGGAGGUGCUGGAAGAGCAACAUUCCUUGGAAGGUGCCUGGCUUGCCAGCGCCCAUUGAAAACAUCAUUCUGCGUUACGUCAAAGCCAAGGCGGAUUGGUGGAUCUCAGUUGCUCACUACAACCGAGAGCGUAUUCGACGUGGUGCGACGGUCGACAAAACUGUGGCCAAAAAGAACGUUGGUCGUUUGACUCGUCUCUGGCUUAAGGCUGAGCAGGAGCGCCAGCACAACCACAUGAAGGACGGUCCUUACGUCUCUUCUGAGGAGGCCGUGGCUAUCUACACCACCACCGUGCACUGGCUCGAGUCGCGAAAAUUUUCUCCCAUACCCUUCCCCAGCGUGUCCUACAAGCAUGACACCAAGAUUCUCAUCCUCGCCCUAGAGCGCCUCCGUGAGGCCUACUCUGUCAAGGGCAGGCUGAACCAGAGCCAGCGUGAGGAGCUGGCCCUGAUCGAGCAGGCUUAUGACAGCCCCGGCACAACCCUCGAACGCAUCAAGCGCUUCCUCCUGACACAGCGUGCCUUCAAGGAGGUAGGCAUCGACAUGAACGACAACUACAGCACAAUCAAUCCUGUAUAUGAUAUCGAGCCUAUUGAGAAGAUCAGUGAUGCCUACCUUGACCAGUAUCUCUGGUACCAGGCUGAUCAACGCCAUCUGUUCCCUGCGUGGAUCAAACCUUCAGACUCGGAAGUGCCUCCCCUUCUGGUGUACAAGUGGGCACAGGGCAUCAAUAACCUGGACAAGGUUUGGGAAACCGAAAACGGAGAGUGCAACGUCAUGAUCGAGACAGAGUUGUCUAAGGUACUACAUCACUGCCAAGAACAACGUUCAGCUGACCUAUAA